AUGCCGUCGGGGGCCGCAUGUCCGCCCUCUCCGCCAACUCCCCCCACUGACCGGAAUGUUCUAUUCGGCAUUCUGGGCUCGCACCCUCGGCUCGGACGGCCCGCCGCUAACCCCGAACAUCUCAGCGAAUUGAGCAAAAGGGAACAGGCCCAGCUACAGACCGGCGCCGAAGAACAAGCCGAGAAGUUGCGCGCUUUGAAUGCCGAGUACGAGGAGCGAUUCCCCGGACUACGCUUUGUCUCCUUCGUCAACGGUCGCACUCGCGAUGUGAUUAUGGUAGAAAUGCGUCAACGUAUUGACCGAGGAGACAUUGACCGGGAAAUUGCGGAGACCGUCCAGGCGAUGUGUGAUAUUGCAAAGGAUCGAGCACGUUCGGCCAUAUCGGACGUCGCGUCAGGAUCCAGUUAUAGCCAACAAGAUGUGCAGCGCACCUCACGUCGUAUGCCGCCACCCGUGGCAGCCGCAGGUCCUCUCGUCAGAAAUUCUACCUCCCACACGCUACAGGAAACCCGCACCGAAGCCAGCGCCAUUGAUCCGUUGUCCCAACACAUCAUCCAGCGAACCAACACCCAAAAGUCAAUUCCCUCAAAGCUUCUUGGUCGGGCAUCUUAUGAGGCCGAAGCCGGUGGUUCGGAAUACAGCCUGUCGGAACAAGGCGCAAUUCGGAGCGGAGGUCGGGGCGAUGCGUCACCAAACUCAAAGCCCAAAGAAAAGAAAAAAGGUGUUUCUUUCCUGAGCCGCUUUAUCGGUACAAAGAAAAAGGAUCAGCUGUCAGACGCAGAAGAUGAGAGCUCCGGACCCGAUCCUAGCCGCAUGUCCAUCGAUACUUCUCACCCAAUAGGAUUCAUUCCACGACAUCCUGCGCCGGCCAGAUAUCUGCGAGUUCGUACGCAUUACAAGAAAGACAAGGAAUUCGAUAGGCUCUUCCUGGCUCAGGAGCUCACCGGCAUCCCCGGACAGCAGCGUGCCACGGAACGUCGGAUAUCAACAUCUACCUCUUCCCAGAAUGGCGAACACACCGGUCGGGCGAUAUGGGCCCUGGAAUUCUCAAAAGAUGGCAAGUAUCUAGCUGCCGCGGGCCAGGAUAAGAAAGUCCGGAUAUGGGCUGUCAUAUCCACUCCAGAUGAGCGCGAAGCUGCCAACCAUGACGAUACGGAAAAGCCCGGCAAUGAACAAGACCCGCCACGCCUGAAAGCGCCUGUGUUUCACCCCAAGCCAGUUCAGGUUUAUGAGGGACACACCGGUAGCAUUUUAGACUUGAGUUGGAGUAAAAACAACUUUAUUCUCUCUUCGUCGAUGGACAAAACCGUUCGACUGUGGCAUGCAAGUCGACCCGAGUGUCUCUGUUGCUUCCAGCAUAGUGAUUUUGUCACCUCCAUCCAAUUCCACCCCCGUGAUGAUCGCUUUUUUCUCGCUGGAUCGCUUGACACCAAGCUCAGACUGUGGAGCAUCCCUGACAAGAGUGUCGCUUUUAUCACGGCUGUUCCUGACAUGAUAACUGCGGUGGCGUUCACACCGGAUGGUCGAUACUCGAUGGCUGGAUGUCUGAAUGGAAUACUGAAUAUUUAUGACACAGAAGGUUUGAAGGUUUCCGGUCAGAUUCAUGUUCGAUCGGCGCGAGGACGAAAUUCCAAAGGUAACAAGAUUACGGGCAUUGAUACAAUGAUCAGUCCACCGGGUGACCCCAAAGGCGACAUCAAGCUAUUGGUUACCAGCAAUGACUCUCGAAUCCGACUCUACGAUUUCCGGGAUCGGGUAUUAGAGGCCAAAUUCCGUGGAAAUGAGAACAGCUGCAGCCAGAUUCGGGCAACCUUCACAGAAGACGGCAAACACCUCAUCUGUGGAAGUGAGGAUCGCCGUGCCUAUGUUUGGCCGAUUGGAACCGUAGAACGUGACACAGAUAAGCGUGCCUGCGAGAUAUUCGAGACACAGUCUGCUAUUGUGACGGUGGCUGUGACGGCUCCAACUGCGACAAAGCAGGUCCUAGCUCUGUCCGAAGACCCAAUCUACGACAUCUGCAACCCCCCGCCCGUCGCACUUAUGAGCCCUGAAGAAUCUCCCGAGGCGCCAAAGCAGGAAAGCUCAGGAAAUGAAUCUGGCAGCAAGCAUAUCCGGACCGGAUCUAUGCCGCGACUAUCGAUUGUUAGCAAAAUGGCGCACGAUUCGCCGUCAUAUCUCACUCGAUCAAAGCAUCCCGGUGGCAACAUUAUCGUGAUGGCCGAUUAUUCUGGUAAAAUCCAGGUCCUCCGACAGGACUGCGCCUAUGACAAACGACGAUUUGAAAACUGGAAUGCCAAUUCAACAAUCUCACGACGUAUUAUGCGGCGGUCGAAUUCAGCACGUCAUAGUGUGGCGUCUUCAAACGGCAAAGAGUCAACCCACAAGACGCCGUCCGAGCGGAUCGUUUCCUGGCGCAACUCUGUUGUUCGCCAUGGGCGCACGAGCACAGAAGGCUCGCGUUCCGGCCUGAGAACCCGCAGCCCAUCACCUCACCAGCCCCGAGCCGCAACGUUUCGUCUCACCUCAUCACGGCCGUCAAGCAUGGGCCCCCAUGAGUCCCUUUCAGCGGCCGCCACGUCCCCACCGUCAUCUCCACGUCCAUCUGGUGCUCAUACGAGACAACCAAUUGAGAAGAGAGCUGGGAUGAACGGACAUGGUCCUGUCGCUGGCACAGAUCUGCGAGCACUGCCGGCUUCUUCGACCGGCAUCAUAGCCAGUGGCAAGGGCAAAGAUAACCCGCUCUGGCUCCAAGGUGACCACAGCUACGCCUACUGGAACAAGAUAACACAUGAUGCGCUGGCAAUGCGGUCUCGGAAAUCGAAAGACUUUCUGAGUCCCAACUCGAUCCAAUCUGACGAGCGCAAGCCGAGCACGACCAGCAGCAUCCUCAGCAGCGACUACGCCUCGUCGACUGGCGAAAAAGACGAAGAUAUUCUCAGAUGCGACCACUGCCGUGGUUCAAACUUCCGUGGAGUCAAGGGUCGAGACGGUAAGCAGAAGCUUAUCUGCGUUCAAUGCAACCGGUCUGUCCCUUGA